CAGCAUGUGGAGGGCAGCUCUAGUUUUGUACCAGUUCUUGACACUCAGUCAGCCUCUCUGGGCUCAAGAUGAUGUCGCAGGCGCUGCUUUCACUCCUCAGGAUUGCAGUCUGGACUGUAUCCGACAGGGAAGGCCAGAAUGUGAAUACUGCAGAAUAACCAGAAGUGAUGUCAAGCAGGCUCUGGGUUUUAACUCUGUAGCAGCAUUUGGAAGUUGUAUACCAUGGCCGUGUUUUGAGUUGCUAGGAGACAUAGACACUAAAAUCUGCCAGCACUACGUCCAGGCGCCAAAUGAAGUGAAGGUUGAAUCUGUCCAUGAGCCGAGCCCAACUUCUGAGACCAUUGUCGUCUCCUGGAAGCCCAGUUACUAUGGGAUCGCCUUCCUGCGAGGCUUUCAGGUCUCCCUCCAGGUGUUGGGAAGGUCCACUAUUGCCUGUCAGCUUUUUCUAUUCCAGCGUAACCUCUCCCUCCCAGCCUCACAUGCUCAAAGGGUGUACAAGUCGGACCCUUUCCCCGGCCUCCCCCUUGGGUCCCAGUAUGCUGUUACCGUCAUGGCUCUGCCGGUGCCUGAGGAGUGGGAGAAGUUCUACCACAGCGAGAUCUUCUCCACUCGCUCAUGUGCAGAGAAGAACGGUCUUGAGCAGUGCAAAAAGGACUGGUACCCUGAACAUGUUGAGGUCCAGCAGGAGGGGACUGCUAUCAAUGUGACCUUUAACCUGGCUCCCCCAAACCUGGGCAUCACAAGCUACUUUUCACUUUGUUACGCAAAUGGAAUGAAGAAAUACACAGCUAUAACACCUAAUUUCACCAGUAACAAAACUCACCACAGCUACCAGCUGGAUGACCUUCAAGAAGGAACCAAUUACACUUGUGAGAUUGCAGCUAAUCAAGUGGAUGCAGUGAGGAAACCAUUCUCUAUUCAGGUCAUGCACAUUCAGAAAGACGGUGCCUUGCCGCUCUCUUCCACUCUCUCCUUGGCGCUGAUGCUUCCUCUGUGCCUGGCUGGGGUGGCCAUACUUGUGGUCUUACUGUCUGUCUUCACCAGGAGAAGGUCCAAGCUACAGAUGAAGGAACUGGACAUAAAACCAGAUAUUAUCAAGCAACAUCAGGAGAACGGGACUCAGGAGGAAAUGGUAUCAUUACCUAGAACCAGGCUGACCCCGCCUCGUCUUCUGAUUUGCUACAGCAGCUACGAUGGCCCCGCUCAUGUCAAAGCAGUCAUGCAGUUAGGGGCCUUCAUACAGCAGCACAUGGCCACUCAGGUGUACCUGGACCUGUGGGACUCUCUGAGCGUGGCUGAGGAGGGCAGCAUGGCCUGGCACUGCCAGAAGAUCCGGGAGAGCGACUUUAUCUUGGUGAUCUGUUCUCAGGGCCUUAACCACAGACCUGAGUCUCCAGAGCCAGAGAGCGACGAUGAGGAUGUGGAGGCAAACAGGGGCUUGAACUUUGGGUCCAACACAUUUAACUCUAAUGCAGCCGUCCAACUUAUUGGAGAGGAGGUGGGCCGAGCCAAAGCCAGAGGUCAGGACCUGUCCAAAUACAUGGCAGCCAUUUUUGAGUACUCUGAGGAGACAGACAUCCCCACCGAGCUGAGGCUGGUAUCUCACUACACACUGACAAGUGACUUACCGCUGCUCUUCUCCCACCUCCAUGGAGUGGCUCUGCACAGGCCUGGGGGUUACCUGAAGAUAAACCACAUCUCCGAGGAAGGUUUUGCCAAGUUACCAGCCGGAGCAGCUCUGCAGUGGGCUAUCUAUGAGGCCGGAAUGGCAAUGAGGGCCAAAAGAUAACUGUGGAAGGGGGGGGACUAAAUGCCAUGAAUUAAUGGUAAUCCUCAGCCCAGUACAGUAGAAACGUUGGCCUGAAGGUAGGUAGGGAGUUGAUGAUGGCAAAACACUUCCCGGUUCACUAUCUGGCCAGACAGGAGAAGCUGUGAUCUCACAGCUAGAGGUUGACCAGUACACCUACAAUCCCUGCUGAUGUGCCCUCAAGCAAUCAACCAACUAACCACAUCUGACUCAGCUGUGCUGCAGUGGUAGAAACUGUGCACUUUGACCUCUCAAGUAUGUAAACAUGCAUCAUACGUGUGUGUGUUCAGGAAGGAUUUGUAUAAAAGAACAUCCAGUAAUCUGUAUAAUGUCAGUAAAGCUAAAUGUAUUUGACAUUUUCUGCUCAUGUUAUUACAGUGUCAUGUAAAAAAGCCACUGUGAAAUUAACCUUUGUAAUAUUAGCAAUGUCAUCAUCAAUCAAUCAUAUUAAUCUCAGAAAUUAGUCAGUGAAGUUAUUCUGUAAGAAUGUUUACCAUGAAGUGCACAUUGAACAUUGUAUACAUGCAUGUUUACAGUCAUUCUGUUUUUAUUUAUACAUGUGAGUAUCUUAUAUAUGAAUAACAAUCAAUCAAUCACUCUAUAUUUUUUUAAUUUUCAGCUGACGUUGGGUUACACGU